AUGGACACACUUGCACUCAGACCCUCAAUCACAUUUCCCCCCCUCCUGCCCGACGCUUCUUCCCCCCUCCGGUUCGACCCAAACCGGCCGUCUAUUCCAACCCAAUCCUUCGACCUACGAAUCAGCGCUCCAGCCUCCAAUAUGCCAUAUCAACUCAUCUCGCCUGGGAUCAAAAUUGCGGUGGUUCGGAUGGUUGCCCAAGGAUACACCCAAAAGUUCAUCUGCGAAACACUGGGCGAAAAGAUUUCCAAGCAAUCUUUUGCACGAUGGGUGCAACUGUAUCGAAACACUCAACGUGUCAUCCGCGAUACGGCCGAAUAUGAAAAGAAAGGCCCUGGCCUAUUGCUGACCACAGACGACCAGAGCUUUAUGAUCGAAUUGCUUCGGAUGGAACCCGGAUUAUUCCUGGACGAGAUUCGAGAGCGGCUCUACGAUGAAACUGAUACCCUUCUGAUCAUGACUACGCUCCAUCGGAACCUUGUAGAACACUUGGAAAUCACCUUGAAGAAGGCCAACACGGUUAACAUCAAGAAGUCCCUUGUGGCAAAGUAUGCCUACAUGGAGAAGAUCCUCUCGGUUCCGGCGGAAUUCCUGGUCUUUUCAGACAAGUCAUGUAUAUGCUCGAGGGACUUGUUGCGAGCGUUUUCUCGAUCUUCCAAAGGAAAACCAGCCAAUAGAACCCUCAUUCAACAAAACACCAAGCGGUUCACUCUCCUACCUGCAAUCAGUGUGGAUGGGAUUGUCGCAUUAACGGUCACCGAGGAGAACGUCUUUGGGACCAAUUUUGCACAUUUCCUCAAAUACAUUCUUUUAAGUUGCCCGUUUCUAAGCUGCUUCGGAACUCGGUCCUUGUGGUUGAUAAUGCACAAAUCCAUGGUGGCGAUUGAGUGGCUAGAUUAUGUCGCAACGCGGGUGUUCAACUGGUUUAUCUGCCAACCUAUUGUCCAGAGCUCAGCCCAAUCGAGCUGCUUUUUUCUCAAGUCAAGUCAAAUCUCCAACGAUCUCAAGCAUUGGUCAGGUCCUCAGACCCCCAGUGGACAAUCGAAUCAACUACCUAUCGAGUUGGCACUGCUGUGCUUUGUCAGAAGUUGUUCAAUCAUGCUGGCUACGCAUGCACUGACGGAUAAUCCCGCCGGUCCAGACAUGUCUGAGUAUCAUUUCUGUGAAUGA